UCUAAAACUUCUUCUGGCCUUGCAUCUCUCUCUCUCUCUCUCUCUCUCUCUCUCUGUUUCUCUUUCGCACGCGCGGUGGAUAUGGCGACGAACGGCGCGGCGGCGGGGGGCUCGCUGCCAACUGUUAUUAGUGGCGGGAGUCUUCCCAGGGCUAAUACUUUGCCAGGAGGAACAAGGAGUGAUGAAAGUUCAGGUACAUCCACAGAUGAGGUUAAUUUGGAAAGGUCAAGAACUGAAAGGAGAAGACAGAACCUUCCAAUUUCUGAUCCAACAGCACAACUAUUUGAUGAUAAGAUUCCUGUUAAAGAAAAGAUUAAGAUGUUAAAUCGAAUUGCUACAGUAAAAGAUGAUGGAACUGUAGAAGUUGAAGUCCCAAGUAAUAUAGACACAACGGCAUUUGAUCAUGACACAGGAAAUGUUGAUCUAGUUGAUGAAGAACCAUUUGACGUGGCUGAUAUUCAAUAUGUACCUCCACUUCAGAUAGUCAUUCUUAUUGUGGGCACUCGAGGAGAUGUGCAACCAUUUAUUGCCAUUGGUAAAAAGCUGCAGGACUAUGGGCAUCGUGUUAGGCUGGCAACUCAUGCAAAUUUCAAAGAAUUUGUUUUGACUGCAGGCCUAGAGUUUUACCCCUUGGGCGGGGAUCCAAAAGUUCUUGCUGAAUAUAUGGUCAAGAAUAAGGGUUUCUUACCUUCCGCGCCUUCAGAGAUAACAGUUCAGCGAAAGCAACUCAAAGACAUCAUAUAUUCCUUGUACUCGGCCUGCAAAGAUGCAGAUGCAGAUACGGGUGUUCCUUUCAAGGCUGAUGCUAUAAUUGCAAAUCCUCCUGCGUAUGGACAUACGCAUGUGGCAGAGGCUCUAAAAGUACCUAUUCAUAUAUUUUUCACUAUGCCUUGGUCGCCAACAAGUGAAUUUCCUCAUCCGCUUUCUCGUGUCAAACAAUCUGCUGGAUAUAGACUCUCGUAUCAAAUUGUUGAUUCUAUGAUUUGGCUUGGAAUACGAGACAUGAUAAAUGAUUUCAGAAAGAGAAAGCUGAAGCUUCGACCAGUUACAUACCUAAGUGGCAGCCACACAUCUGGCUCAGAUGCACCACAUGCAUAUAUUUGGAGCCCUCAUCUUGUUCCCAAACCUAAAGACUGGGGACCAAAAAUUGAUGUAGUUGGGUUUUGCUUCCUUGACCUUGCGUCAAACUAUGUUCCUCCUGAGCCACUUGUGAAUUGGCUUGAAGCUGGUGAUAAGCCCAUCUAUAUUGGAUUCGGAAGUCUUCCUGUACAAGAUCCACAAAAAAUGACCCAGAUUAUCGUGGAGGCACUGCAAACCACUGGUCAGAGAGGCAUUAUUAACAAGGGAUGGGGUGGUCUUGGAAACUUGGCGGAACCUAAGGAGUUUGUUUAUCAGCUGGAUAAUGUUCCUCAUGAUUGGCUGUUUUUGCAGUGUAAGGCAGUGGUGCAUCAUGGGGGUGCCGGAACAACAGCUGCCGGCCUUAAAGCUGCAUGUCCAACCACCAUUGUACCUUUCUUUGGCGACCAACCUUUUUGGGGGGAUCGGGUGCAUGCCAGAGGAGUAGGUCCGGCUCCUAUACCUGUUGAUCAGUUCUCCUUACCAAAGCUGGUUGAGGCCAUAAACUUCAUGUUGGAUUCAAAGGUGAAAGAGCGUGCUGUUGAACUGGCCAAGGCAAUGGAAUCUGAGGACGGAGUGACCGGAGCAGUGAAAGCCUUUCUGAAGCAUCUUCCUAAAACACCUCUUGAAACAGCACCAGAUCAGUCACCGAAUUUCCUCGAUCCGGUUCUUCGGCCUGUGAAAAGAUGCUUCGGGUUUGCUUGAAUCGAUCUCAUGUACAUCCAUUUGAUGCCUUCUUCCAUUCUAUUGUCUAUGAUGUUGUACUUUUAUUACCGUUUUAUAUCCUUUCGGUCCGAAAUUUCUAUUGAUAUCUUCAGUCAGGGUUUAACUUAGGGUUUUGCAAUGAAAUGUUCACACAAUAAACUUCUUGUGUCCUGAGCUUCUUAUUGUAACCUUUUUUUUUUGUAAUUGACCAAAUUACCCUUAUGAUGCAGUGUUGAAGGUAAUUGAUAUAGGAAAAUGUUUUAGGUUA